GGCUUUCCUUGCGGCUCCUCGGCAGAGCGCCGUGACUAAGCCAAUAUCUGACUCAAGGUUUUGCCGAUAUCUUUUUAGCCUCAUCUGGAGUCCAACGUCGGAUAAAAUCCAGCAGAUACUGGAGAAUGGUCAGUGAAAAAUGAAAUAACCCUUCCUAACUCUGCCUACUGCUCCUGGCGUUUCGUCUUUGGCCAGAUCCUAAAUAAUAACGGCAACAAUUGCCCAACCAAUCUUUUUGGGUGGCGCUCAUCGCCAUGUCCACCAGAGCAGCUGGAGAUGCGCUGCUUCCAAACGGGCUUGAGCCCGCCCAAGAGGAGUGUACACAAGAAAAUGGGCACACACAUGCGCAAGAACAGGAGUGUCAACACCUUCACGAAGAACAUUCGCAACCCCCCCUCUCCACAGUAGUCGAAAACCUCCAUAAACAGGUCACUUCAUUCCUCUCUGAACCGCACGACGCUUCGAGCAUGCUGUAUAGAGUGCAGAACCAAACCCGCAUCUCUCUCAACGUCAUUCAAGAGGCACUCAAACGCUUCUCCCUAAAUGAGCUCUCCCUAUCAUACAACGGUGGCAAGGAUUGUCUAGUAAUGCUCAUCUUAUUCCUAUCCUGCCUCCACCCACUACCCACGACCGAGAGUCUGUCAAAGGAUGGAAAACCCACGCCUCCCCCAACUACAAUACCUGCCAUAUACGCACAACCACACCACCCCUUCCGCUCUGUGGAGGAGUUUGUUGCCUCCUCCUCACAUGACUAUCACCUCUCCCUAGUCCGCUAUACCACCGAUCCCCCGCGUUCAACCCUUCGUACUGUUUUCGCCGCUUACCUAGACCACCACCCGCAAAUCCGCGCCAUAUUCGUCGGCACUCGCCGCACAGAUCCACACGGCGAGAAACUAACGCAUUUCGACCACACAGACCACGGGUGGCCUGGCUUUAUGCGUAUCCACCCCGUAAUCGACUGGCAUUAUGCUGAAAUAUGGGCGUUUAUUCGGCACCUCGGGAUCGAGUAUUGUCCUCUGUACGACGAGGGCUAUACUAGCCUCGGCGGGACAAAUGAUACACAUCCCAACCCGAAGUUGAAGAUAAUAAGCAACGAAAACUCGAAUGAUGAUCCGAUACAGCGACCUUCCUCUUCAUCAUAUACUUCAAAUGGCGGAAAGGCUCGUUACAGCCCUGCUUAUGAGCUUAUGGACGACGAUGAGGAACGUUUAGGACGGGAUUGGUGA